CCCGGUAACACCAAGGGGAAAGGCAUGUUUGCUGUAAUUGCGGGUCACUAGCAACUGGUGGCGCUGCGUCCAUUUUAUAAUUUGCAGGAAUAUGGCUGGCCAGGAAGACCCGGUCCAGCGAGAGAUUCACCAGGAUUGGGCGAAUCGGGAAUAUAUCGAAGUCAUAACUAGCAGCAUUAAGAAGAUUGCUGAUUUCCUCAAUUCGUUCGAUAUGUCUUGCCGGUCCAGGUUGGCGACCCUAAAUGAAAAGCUAACUGCACUGGAGAGGAGGAUCGAGUACAUUGAGGCACGGGUAACAAAAGGAGAGACCUUGACUUAAGUCUUAAGAACACCCAGAGGCCUGAAAAACCAACCCGUGAUUCUGUGUCUGAAAUGCAAUCUGAAGUCACACUUUCCUGCAUUUGUUUCACAUAUAUGCUUCUACGUCUUUGCACUAACUUGCUUGCAGGGUUAAUCACCGUAUCUUUUCAAUCUCAAAGUGGCUACUUUUGUCAUCUUUUAGCCACAGUCACACACAUUUAAAAAGUCCUCAUUUCUCAGAAACAUUUUUUCAUUGCAACAAAGUUUGUGAGACAAAACUGUCAACGAUGAACAAUUCUAGCUGAAGGGGUGACUCUAAUAUGGCACCCUUCAUGGCAGUCAGUUAAUUCUUUUUUCCUCUAAUGGAUGUUGUUUUUAGAAUUUAUUUUUUGGUAGGAAUGUCCCUUAUAUACAAAAAUACCACCAGGAAUUGUUGGUGAUUGCUAUAAUACCUACAGAGCAUCUGCUUGCAGACCUGGACAAACAAUCCUGUGGUGGA